AUGAAGCCAGCACAGAUCAGAUUCUCUCUACAGAGACCUCUACAGCACAGAGAUCCAGACAUGGCACCUACAAUCACUGCAGCAAUGACCAACUCUCAGGACCAUCUGACUCUGACCCACAAGCUCAGAAAGCCACUGGUGGAGAAGUUACGCAGAGAGCGAAUCAACAGCAGCAUUGAGCAGCUCAAGUCUCUCCUGGGUCCAGAGUUCCUCAAACAGCAGCCAGACUCCAAGCUGGAGAAAGCAGACAUCCUGGAGAUGACAGUUUGCUUCCUGACACAGCUGCAGCAGCAGAAUCAGCAGCACAGAAGACUGCUCAACCACUUCAACAAGCUGCAGUCUUCCUCUGAUAACAACCUGACAGAGGCUGACUUCUCUCCUCUGAACUCCACAGUCCACACCAGCAUCACCAAAGAGACGAGUCCAGUCAGCGGCGCCCUCUGGAGGCCGUGGUAG